AGGGAGGGAGGGUGGAGGAGGAGUUGGAGAGGAAGAAGGUGAACUUUUAUACCUGCAGCCAUCCUUCAGUUGUUGAAGCAGACUGAGGUGAGGAGGAUAAGCUCCGCCCCUCACCAUGACAGACUUAGAGACUGAGUGUUUGAGCCUCGGCCUGCCCCCCGAGUGCGGCUCCCCUCCCCCGCCCCUGGACGCCUCCCUGCAGGUGGACUGCGGCCCGGGGCCGACCUCCACCACCACGACUCCGACUCUUGCCCUCCUCUCCUCUGACUGCCCCACGCCCACGCUCAGCUCGCUGGCGGCGGAGAUCGCCGAGCCGCUGGUGAUGCUGCCCUGUGUGAAGAGCGAGCCAGAGGACGGAGACCUGGAGCCCAUCCGGACCGUGGACCUGUCAGAGAUCCAGCCGCUGUCCACUGCCGAGCUGGGCCAGGACCAGAUCAAGAUGGAGAUCAGCGGCCUCGACUACAUCAAGUCUGAGCAUCAUGGUCACCACGGCAGCCACCACCUGGGCCACUUCCACCACAGCGACGUCACAGAGCUUGAUUUCAAGUCACACUAUGAGCCCAGCUCUGUGUUUGACUACAUCUCCCAGGUGACGGACACUCUGGAGUACAUAAAGUCGGACCACCACGUGGACCUGCAGUGUUACUACACCACAGAGUCCAGCACCAUGUCCUCCCACCUGCAGCACAACGGCCUGGAGUCCAUCCACAUGGCCGAGCUCCGCACCGAGCUCAACAAGCUGCGGCCCGACACCCUGCUGAUGGACGGCAUGGGAAAACUGGACCCUGAGUUCGGAGGGGGGGCGCUGUAUGAGCUGCAGCCGGCUGCGGAGGGGAAGGCGGCGGCAGAGGUGACACCUGCUGCGACCGGGCAGGCAGGAGGCGAAAGUCUGGUCAUCACGACCAAAACCCAGAGCCCGACGGUGAGGAAGCCUCGCAACAUGCAGGGGGAGAAGCCUUUCUCGUGCACGCAGUGCGGGAAGAACUUCAGCACGCUGGGAAACCUGAAAACCCACCAGCGCAUCCACACCGGGGAGCGACCCUACACCUGCUCACAGUGCGGCAAGAGCUUCGGUCAGGCGGGAAACCUCAAACGACACCAGCUGAUCCACACGGGCCAGAAGCCGUAUGUGUGCGCCCACUGUCCCAAAGGCUUCACGAAGGCCGACGACCUGCGAUCGCACCAGCGGCUGCACACGGGCGAGCGUCCCUUCAUCUGCGUCACCUGCGGCAAGAGUUUUGGCCAGUCGAAGGAGCUGAAGGCCCAUCAGCUGAGCCACACGGGCGAGAGGCCGUUCUGCUGCCAGCACUGCGGCAAGAGCUUCAGCAAGGAGACGAGCUACCGCAACCACGUGCAGAUCCACACGGGCGAGAAACCCUUCACCUGCUCACAGUGCGGCAAGACUUUCAGCAACUCGGGCGUGUUAAAAACCCACGAGAAGAUCCAUUCGGGCGAGCGGCCGUUCGGCUGCACGCAGUGCGGCAAGAGCUUCGGCCGCCUCGGCCAUCUGAAGGCUCACCAGCAGAUCCACACGGGCGAGCGGCCGUACGCCUGCCCUCAUUGUGGGAAGACUUUCAGCCAGUCGGGCCACCUCAAAGCACACGAGCAGAUCCACAAACGAGAGCGAGUGGACACGGCGAGCAGCAGCAGCAGCACGAUGGGCAGCGACAGUAGCUAAAACAGACUCCUGACCCUUUAACCUCUCCAAAACAAAGUAUUAUUCCUCUUUUUAUAAAUACUAUAUCUAAGUUUUCCUUAAGAAUUUUUCAUACGUUUUCAUACCUUUUGUGCUCUUUUGCAUUAUAUAUGCGGGCAGGGUGGACUGACUGAUUUGCUCUUAUGCAAGUGUCUGUGUGUGUGAGCGUGUGUGUGUGUUCUGUUCUGUGUGUCUGCGGGUGGGGCCUGUAGAUAAUCCGGUCUGUCUGAACUGUAGUGAGUGUAGAGUCUCUUGAGGACCAAGUCCCAGUACUUGAUUUGGAGUACUUACUGAAACAUAAGCACAAAUACUUCAGUAACCAAGUGUGAGUACUUGAUUUGUUUUCUUACUAAAACAGACCAGCAGCUCCUGAUGAACCAGGACCCCGUUUACUGAGAACAACCAAUCACAUCGGGUGUUUUCUUUGUACAGGUGUUUCCCAAAGUGGUACUUCACAGUGAGUACACGUACAUGUGUGUGAUGAUGGAGAGAGUGGUGAAUACACUUCACAGUACAGUGUCUGUAAACUGUAUUCAGAGCACACAAAUCCCAGCCUCGAAUGUUUCGGAAAUUGUUGAGAAUGCAAGCAAAGUGUUCUGGAUGAGCUCCAGAGGCCCUUUAAUGCACAACAUCCAGUAUAUCCGGUUUGCACCCCACCUUGUGGUUUUGUUUCUGCUGUCGGCCCUCCUGCAGUCCAAAAUGAUCAAAAAGCAAAAUAUCAAUAAUAAUCAAUAUCAGGACGAUAAGAACUAAUUAAAGUGACAGAAAUUUAUGUGAAGUGUACUUUGAGUGGGAACUGCAGGGAUACUGUAGAGUAGAACGCAUUAGAGUUCAUCUGGAAAACAAAAAUGAUGUUCAACAAACUGUUUGGCUCAUGUGUCAUGUGCUAAAAUGGAGGGGGAGGGACUUAUAAGCUGUACUGCAGCCAGCCACCAGGUGGCGUCCAGGUUAUUGCUUAUUCAGUUCUGUAAGAGAACUCUAUAGGAGAACUUCUGGUUACGUAGGGGGCGCUCGUGAGGUAGUCCAGAAUGAAUGGGGUUUAUGGAGCUGUAGCCCCAAAAUGCACCUUUUAAGGGUAAAAAACUUUUCAUUUUAUCCAGUUUUCGUUAUGUUUUCUGUAUAAGCAGUACAAACGGUAUAGUUCCAUUGAGAUGAUAGAUGAGAUUUUUGCCGAUUUUUCUUGUAACGUCUGCUGUAGCUCUCUUGAGGAAAAUGCAUGAGGACUAUAAAACACAAAACCAAUGAAGUUAGCCCACCGUAACGUUAACGCUGCUAGUCAUAAAUCUUUAACGACCAGUCAGCAUAUGUUAGCCGAAUGCUAGAGCUAUACAGGCAAAACUGUUUGCCCUGUAAGAAAAAUGAACGGGUUUAGUAUUUUGAUAUAUCAUCAAUGCUAUAUUUGCAAAAACUAAAAUAAAAUCUGGGCAUUUUGGUCUAGAAGUGGGUGUCAAUAAGUAUUUCAGCCACUUCUCUCCUUUUACUGCGGUUCAUUGAGGACGACCUCGCGAGUGCCCCCCAGGUGAGCUGCAGCCACUUGUAGCACUAACAGGGAGUGGACAGGCGGACCAGACGGGCUGUGCAGGAGCUCUCAUGUCGUCCAUCUUUAUGUACGGUCCAGUUGAAUGCUCACUCUCCAUUUGGCCAAACUGACUUUUGCACGCCGCUCAUUUUCCUUCAGAGAUGACGUAACAGAGUGGCAUCAGCGUGCAUGAGUCUGAAAAGUCGUCAAAACCUUGAAUGAAAUGAAGGUUUUUGUUGCUGCUGCAGGUUCAGAACUUGGGAAACACCUUCAUUAUUUAUUUUAGGAAUUCGUAAGUCGGAUUCAGAAUCACCUUUGCCUUUAGACUCUGUGGUAGGCAGGGUCCUGGUUCAGAGCCCUCAGUGCGUCUUCACUGCAGUUUUUGCCAACCGUGUGAGUACUUCUCUAUGAGUACUUGCUCCCAGUUUACUAGUAUUUCACUUGAGGUGUGGUUACUUGCAGGCGUUUUUUACGUUUUUUAUUGAGCAGUAUUGAUUGAUGAACACACCCCGCGGUGAUCUUUGUGUUGCUGACGACAUUCCUUCAAAUCAUUCCAGUAUCGCCGCAUCAGAAACUGAAAAGUUUUUAGAGUCGUUGGGCUCCAGCAGGACCAAACAAACCCGUCCGGAUCGCUCACUGUGUACAAAUCUUCUAUUGAUUAUGGAAUUCUUAAAAAAAUAAUAAAAAAAAAACAGCAGCAAAAAAGACAAAAGUGAUGCAGCAUCUUGUACUGGAAAAUAAUUAUUAAAGAAACUAAUGACA